AUGGCAGCAGGCCCGAGCACCCCUCCGCAGAACAUCGAGGAGCUCAUCCGAGCCGUCGAAUCCUCACACGAACAGUACAUCCGUAGCCUGCGCAGCCUCCACGACGGCCUCGGGGCGGGCGGCCAUGGCAUCGCCAAUGCCAACAGCAACGCCAAUGCUCAGGCGGGCAGCAGCACCGGCGUCCAUGCUGCGGCGCGAAGGGAGCGAGACAGGGCGGACAGCCGCAGCAGCACGCUCCCGCUGGCCAUGACGCCGCCGCUGCGCGCCUUCACCACCUUUAGCAACCCGCCCACGAGCUUCGGCAGCGAGAGCGGUCUUCACCUCACCACGAGCUCCGGCAACGGCAACGGCAACGGCACCACCAUCCAGUUCAGCCAGCCGAGCAGCCUCCCGCGCCUGCGCCGCUCCACGCUCGAGGCCACGGCCGAGCGCCCCGCGUCCCUCUGCCCGUCGCCGCGCCCGCUCCUCCCCCUGACGCCCGUCCCCAACGCGGACCCCCGGCAGCACCACCAUGACUUCUCCAUCAUCCCGGACGAGGACAUUACCUGGAUCCCGCUGCUUGAUGCGACGAGCAGCAGUGCUUCGGCGGGCGGUCGCCCCGUGCCGCCUGCGCCCUCCUCCAUCGUCACCAACGAGCCCGACGUCAUCCUCGUCCCGCGCGGCCACCAGCGACACCGCCUCACGCCCAUGACCUUUUCCGACGACAUGCUCAUGCGGCACCUGCGCGACCCAUGCCUCGUGGGCGACGGCAGUGGCAGCAGUGGCAGCGGGGACGAUCUCGCCGAGGCGCCCCUCGCAAAGAUCCUCGAGGAGGCGACACGGCGGCGCGGCGAGAUGAGCAACCCGGCCAUGUCGUUUCGUGAGUUUGCGGCGUAUGAGCGUGAGAGCUACGUGAACCCCACCUUUGAGGUGUACGAUGUCAUGGAGGAUUCAUCGGCGGUCAGGGUGAGCGUCGACAUGGACGCUGCGGGCGGAGCCGGCUCGACCAUGGGGGCGCGCUACGGGGGAGACGGGGUGCCGUAUGAGACGUCGGAUGGCAUUGUGGACGCCUCGACGGUGUGGGAGGCCAUCAAGGACGUCAACUUGGACGGAGACGCCGUCGGGCGCAUUACCAUCGUCCAGGAGCCCACGCCUCUCAUCCUCGCGGCCCUCCAUCUCACCAUGUCGCAGCACUUUGACAUGACGGAGCUGCUGAGCAACCUCGUGUCCGACACGCCCAACCGCGGCCGCACCCACGCCUUCAUGCACCGCGCCUUCGAGCGCCCUCCCUCGACGAUGCUCCCGCCGCAGGCCUGCCUCCUCGACGCGCCGCCACCUCCCGCCGGCACGCCACCUCCUCCCGUCCCGGAACCCGUCGCCUCCUUCGCGCACCUGCGCCAGCGGUCCUUCUUCUUCGUCUUCAAGUACUACACCUCUGUCGGGGACCACCUCGAGCCCGCGCCGUGGCAGCGCUUCGACAAGCGGCCCGUGGACAAGCGCCUGGGCGACCACAUCGACAUCGCCGAGUGCAGCUCCGUGCUGGGGCUGUCGCUCGGCGGCGCGCCCACCAAGCCGGUGCGCAUGCGCCCGCGCAGGGAGCGCGUGCGUGAGGGCUUCCUGUUCGACACGUUUGGGCCCUGGCACCUCCUCAGCAUCCAGUCGUUCCCCGACGACCAGCACACGGUGCGCGGCGAGGAUUUCCAGCUCAAGAGCUUCUACAAUGGGCCAUACGCCUUUCUCGACCUCUUGGUGUCCGAGUAUAGGGACGCCGGCAAGCGCAACCUGAUUCUGCACGACCGCAUCACCAAGCUCAUCACGCCCCCUACCGAAUUCAUGUUCGACCGUCGCCUCCGCGACAAGCUCCUGUUCGAGGACAAGCACUUCACCUACAUCCGGCGCUACUUCUGGGCGUACAACACCCUCGCCGUCAUCAACACGGGCAUCAAGGCCAUGGUGGCCGCCUACGCCGACACCUUCACCGACGACUUCUGGGCGGGCGCGCACCCGCUGCUGUGGCCGCACCCGGCGCCCGCCUCGCCCGAGGGCCUCGCCUACCGCGACAAGAUGGCCGUGCUGCGCCGCGAGCUCGACAAGGUCGUCGCCGAGCUCGGCGAGGUGCUCCGCCGCAACGAGCGCACCCGCAAGGAGAUUGAGAACCUGCGCGACCAGCUCUUCAGCGGGAGCUCCAUCAAGGAGAGCAGGCGCGCCAUCGACCAGGGCGACAACAUCCAGAUCCUGACCAUGAUUAGCAUGGUGUUUCUGCCCCUGACCUUUGUGACGUCCGUCUUUGGCAUGACAGAAUUCACCAUCCAGGUGACCGACUGGAGAUUCGCCGUCACCAUGGUCCUGGUGUGCGUGCCCUUCAUGAUCAUCGUCUUUCUCUUCCAGACGCGCAGCUUCAGCCUCGUGGGCCGCAAGAUCGCCGCGGGGGCCUCGUACGUCGCGUCGCUCCCUCAAGCUGCGCUCGCCUCGCGCCGGCAGGACGUUGCGGCAGAUGCGCACCAGCAGCAUUCUCACCCUCACUCUCACCCGCACCAGCACCAGCCGCCGUCCCGGCGAGGACGCAAGCACAGGCCCGUCGCGACAGCGGACGGCCGCAACGGGGUACGCUUCGGGAGCUGGCGGCCGAAGCUCUGGCCGCGGCAGAGGAACAAGAUUGUGACAGCAGAAGACGUGGACUUGGGCAAGGUGUAA